AUGUCUGCCGACCAAAUUUCCGACGAGGUCGCUCUGGACUUCCAGGAAUCUCUGCAAGAUCUUCAGAACAACAACAGAUAUGAGAUUAGCAACCUGACCAUCAUCGCCAAGGAGAACACCGAACACGCCCAGGCCAUAGCUAUGGUUUUGGAAAAGCACAUCAAGACGGUAAGACUCAAAGAAAAUAAAACAAGAUAUGGUCUUUUCUUUGUUUCUAUGACAGAGCCUACGAUCAUGGGAGAGUUCGUGACUGACCCGACUGCANNGACUGCCCCUGGACGCAAGCUGCCUGCGCUUUAUGUACUGGACUCGAUUGUGAAGAACGUUGGCACUCCAUACACAGUCUACCUUGGAAGAAACCUAUUCUCAACCUUCAUGGACUCGUACACUCUUGUAGAUAGCCAGACAAGAAAAAGCAUGGAAGCCAUGUUGAAGACCUGGAAGGAACCGGUGCCUGGCUCUAUGGAUCCAAGGCCAGUUUUCCCUGCAGAAGUCACGCGCACUAUUGAGAAUGCGCUCAUCAAGGCAAGAACGGCCGCAGUGCAACUGCAAACCAGGAACCGCACUCCUCUCAAUAUGCCAGGAAGACCCAUGUCGACAAAUUAUAGAAACACACCUACCCCACCACACAACGCCAGCCAGUUCCAGCCGCCUCCACAAGAUUCGUACCAGAAUGGAUACCGCAGCCAACAGGUAUCUAUCAUCACAAUAUUAUCAUCAUCCAACACGACUAACAUGCUCAAGCCAACGCCCCAACAAUUCCUGCCAAAUCAGCUGCCUCCUGAGAUUGCGCGUUCACUAUCAGCUGUACUCAAUCCUCAGGAUGACCUCAACAAGCUGAAGGCCGACAUCCAUGGCUUGAUCGCAGGCUUCCAGACCGAGUUUGCGCGCAACCCGUACGAUUCGCAGGUGCAGACCAAGCUCAAGGCUCUCCUGGACCUCCAAGCCGUCGUGCAAACCCAGCAACUGAACGCCGAUGCCAUCAGCAUGAUCAAGAAGCAGGUGUCACAGUUGCAAGCAGUGCAAUCACAGCCCAACCAUCCUCCUUCCGCCGCACCUCAACAAUCGCAGUGGCAGGCUCCUACUCCUGUCAAUCUUCCUUUCCAACCUCCGCCACCUAUUCCUCAGGGCUUUGCACCUACUCCUUCAGCACAGCCACCCGUCGCCCCUCCCGCAUUCGCUCCAGGUAUUCUUGAGCAACUGUUGGCAUCUACUGCGAAUGGACAAAAGCCAAGCACGCCAGUCGUCCAGGCUGCCUUGAAGUCGAUGCCUCCACCACCCCCUGCUACACAAUCACCUCGUCCAGCCGCCGCACUCCCCGCUGGACCCGUCGGCAACCCUCUUCUCGAUGCUCUCCGUGCUGCAAACAUNCUUACCUGCUUCGGCCAGUGCUACUCCUGUGUCUGCAUCAGGUCCUCCCCUGCUCCACCAACGGCCCCUGCCCCUGCGCUGUCGAUCCUCCAACAACUCCAAGGCCUUGCACCAAAGUUGAGCAGUACACCUAUGCCGCCUCCGGGUACGCCUGCCAAAGUCCGCAUUCCCAUGAACGCCGCGGCCUUGAAGAGGUAUGUAUAUCUAUAUGUUGCCACUCUGAACCAUCGAACUAACUUCCCUCCCAGCUUCCGUCCAGAAGUCGUACGCACCCUCUACGACGCACAACCCAACCAAUGCACAACCUGCGGUCGUCGCUUCUUGUCCACCGACGAAGGACGUGCUCAGAAGGCUCGCCACCUCGACUGGCACUUCCGCAGCAACCAGCGUAUUGCUGACGCAGCUCUUGCUGCCGGCCUCACUCGCAGCUGGUACAUUGAUGAAAUGGAAUGGAUCCGCCUGCGUGAAGUGGACGCCUCGUCAGCCGCCGUCGACACAAACUCGACCGCCGCAACUACUUCCAAGCCCGUCAGUGUGCGUGAGAGAUAUAUUCCUGCACCCACCGGAGCUGCAGCAAACGCCGCUUGCCCAAUCUGUCAAGAGAAGUUCGAGCCAGAGUGGCACGAAGAUGCACAGGAGUGGGUUUGGAUGGACGCCGUCAAGGUUGGAGGUCGCGUGUUCCAUGCUUCGUGUCAUGACGAGGUUAAAAGAGCUAGUGGAGGCGACAGAGGUAGAAGCACUACUCCUGACGCUGGUGUGCUUGGAAAACGAAAGGCCGAGGCCGAUUUGGCCAACCUGAGGAACAAGCUGAAGAGGGAGGUUGCUGCUUAA